GGGAGAUAACUCUAAAUGCCCCGGCAUGUUGGAUCACAGGAGACGGAACGACAUUUUCCCCUACUCGCCUGUCACACUAGCACAGUAAUCAACUGGAAAUCAGAAUAAAAUCAGAAGUCUACAAUCAGAGACCUGUGCAUGUAUUAACUGGUCCCUGCUAAAAUGGAAUCAGAGAAGUAAUCGUAAUCCACUGUGACUGCUCCAACAGAUUUUCAAAGACUGGUACCUACAGGAAGUCAGAAAACUGGUUUAUGUGUUGGAUCUGACGACGCUAGGAAAGAUGGCUUCUAUGUCUCAGCGCCUUGUCCAUCUUGACCUGAAAGGGGCAGCACCAAAAUUGUCCUAUUUGGAAAAAAUAUUCCCUUUAAUAGAACAGUGGGGAGCGACCGGGUUAAUCAUGGAGUAUGAAGACAUGUUCCCUUACCAUGGCAACCUUUCUGAAGUUGCAUCCUCCCAAGCCUACAGUGUAGAAGAGGUUAAAAAAAUCCUUCACAUGGCUGAACAACAUAAUCUCGAGGUGGUGCCCUUGGUGCAGACAUUCGGCCAUUUUGAGUUUGUUCUGAAGCAUGAAACAUUUGCGAAGAUUCGUGAAAUUCCAAAGUACCCAACAUCACUGUGUCCGUGUCACCCCGAUGCAAUCCCCAUAGUAACGGCAAUGCUGGAUCAAGUCCUUGAGAUGCAUCCCAAGACAAGGUGGUUCCAUAUCGGAUGUGACGAAGUGUACCACCUGGGUAGGUGUGACUUAUGCCGAAGGAAAAUGGCAGACGAAAACCUCACCACACAGCAACUUUUUUUCGGUCAUGUCAAAACAGUGGCUACCUACAUCAAAGCACAUUAUCCUACAAUUACCCCAAUUGUGUGGGAUGACAUGUUUCGAUUUGCUGCGGUCAAGGAUCUUAAGACAAGCGGUCUGGGUGAUCUCGUGGAGCCAAUGAUAUGGCACUACCUGUCAUCAUUUCUUCUUCCGGAGAACCUGUUCGACAACCUGUGUACUGUGUUCCGGGACAUCUGGGUGGCCAGCGCCUUCAAGGGAGCUACCGGAGUGUGUGCCAGUAUGACAAACAUAUCCUUCCAUGUUGAGAACCAUUUGUCCUGGUUGCGAUUGAUCGACGAGAAAGGAAGCAAGUUUAAUUCUAUCCGUGGGUUUGCUAUCACUGGCUGGCAGAGAUAUGACCACUUCGCAGUGAUGUGUGAGCUCCUCCCUGUUGCUAUCCCAUCUCUGGCUUUGUGUCUGAGUGUGGCUAAGCAAGGUGUGUUCACCCAGGAUAUCCUUAUGCACAUCUCUAACCAGCUCGAGUUCAAGCCUGGGCUACCCCUCAACCCCUACCAGUGUCAGAUCCCCACGGAGUGCCGCUACCCGGGGAGUGAUGUGUACGCCGCCAUGAUCGACUGGAUUCACACCCAGGCUAAGUGUGACCAGUUCCUACAAAGUGACACACUGUGUUCCUGGAUGAAUGAUUACAAUAUUGAACGAGGAUUUGUCAACCUGAUGCACAUCGAACCUAUUGUGACUGAAGCUACGAAUAUUCUUGCGAGACUUUGUGAAGUGCAGAUAAAGAUUCAGAAGUCCAUGGAGCCCAUCUUCUCCGAUGAGACCGUGACAGAAUGGAUUCAGACCUAUUUGGAACCCAAAUCAAAAAGACUUUCUGAUGUUGUUGAAAAGGGACAAAAAGUGUUAGGAAGAGUGAAUUUUGAAGGAUUUGAAGAGAAAAUGUCCCAGGAUAUGUAAGAAAGGGUCACUGCACCGAGAAUGUUAGGGACCGGUCAUUUAUUAAAGGGAGGGGGGGUCUGAUGUAAACAGGGGAGUAUCGCUGAAAAAUAUACAAUUUCUAGGGGAGGGUUAUAACAAAUAAUACACAUAUUUUGGAAGGAUCGUGUAAAAAUGGACAUUUUAUAAUAAAAUAUUAAGUGAUAGUGUAUUUUCUCUUUUCAGGGAGGGUCUAAAAAAUAUGUACAAGGACAUUGGGAGGGUCAUCCAAAAAUAUGACAUCCUUGAGGGAAGGAUCCAUAUUUUCUGUACAAAAUUCUCUCACCCACCCAUCCCUGUCAUAAAUGACCGGUCCCAUAAUCCAGGUGAUCCCCAGCCAAGGAUUUUGUCCGGAUUAACCACUUCCCACUCCCACCCCCACCCAUUUCCCAAGGAAGGGUGAUCACAAGGGGAGGUAACUCUCAGCUGUCAUCAAUUAGAGUGUGUAUGGAUCAAUAGGAUGAUUUGGUAGUUCAGUGGUUGCUCAUCAUGUAUAAGACCCAGGUUCGAUUCCUACCAUGGAGUGAGUGAGUGAGUGAGUUUGGUU